CGGAACCCCUUCUCUUCAUAUCCUUGAUCCGCGCUUCUGCUGGACCCGGUUUCCGGACCAGUCUCUUCCAAAAUUUGGAAUCUGACCCCCUCCCCCAAAUCCUGCUGACCUUGCUCCUGAUAAAUUAUUGAGACUAAAACCAUGGGCUGACUUGUGCUCUGUCCCUUUCCCCAGGACCCUGCCCAUCCCCUCACCACGGUCCUCAGCCUGGGAAAAGAUGGUCCCACAGACCCCUAGGGUCCUAGUUUCAGUUCUUCUCUGGGACCUGAACCUCUUCCUCAGCCUCCCAGGCCCCGCGUGGCUCCAGCCCUCGCCACCGCCCCAGUCUCCUCCCCCGUCUGAACCCCAUCCUUGCCACACAUGUCGGGCACUGGUGGACAGCUUCAACAAGGGCCUAGAGAGAACCAUCCGGGACAACUUUGGAGGUGGAAACACUGCUUGGGAGGAAGAGAAAUUAUCUAAAUACAAGGACAGCGAGACGCGCCUGGUGGAAGUGCUGGAGGCUGUGUGUGCCAAGUCGGACUUCCAGUGCCACCGCCUGCUGGAGCUGAGUGAGGAGCUGGUGGAGAGCUGGUGGUUUCACAAGCAGCAGGAAGCCCCUGACCUCUUCCAGUGGCUCUGCUCAGACUCUCUGAAGCUCUGCUGCCCUGCUGGCACCUUCGGACCCUCCUGUCUCCCCUGUCCAGGAGGUACAGAGAGACCCUGUGGUGGCUAUGGGCAGUGCCAAGGUGAAGGGACCCGAGGAGGUAGUGGGCAGUGCGACUGCCAGGCUGGCUAUGGGGGUGAGGCCUGUGGCCAAUGUGGUCUUGGUUACUUUGAAGCGGAACGCAACAGCAGCCAUCUGGUAUGUUUGGCCUGUUUUGGCCCCUGUGCCCGCUGCUCAGGACCUGAGGAAUCACACUGUUUGCAGUGCAAGAAGGGCUGGGCCCUGCAUCACCUCAAGUGUGUGGAUAUCGAUGAGUGUGGCACAGAGCGAGCCAGCUGCGGAGCUGACCAGUUCUGCGUGAACACAGAAGGCGCCUACGAGUGCCGAGACUGUGCCAAGGCCUGUCUGGGCUGCAUGGGGGCAGGGCCAGGCCGCUGCAAGAAGUGCAGCCCUGGCUACCAGCAGGUGGGCUCCAAGUGUCUCGAUGUGGAUGAGUGUGAGACAGUGGUAUGUCCAGGAGAGAAUGAGAAGUGCCAGAACACUGAGGGCAGUUACCGCUGUGUCUGUGCCGAGGGCUACAAGCAGGUGGAAGGCAUCUGUGUGAAGGAGCAGAUCCCAGAGUCAGCAGGCUUCUUCUCUGAGAUGACGGAGGAUGAGCUGGUGGUGCUGCAGCAGAUGUUCUUUGGCAUCAUCAUCUGUGCCCUGGCCACGCUUGCUGCCAAGGGUGACCUGGUGUUCACAGCCAUCUUCAUUGGGGCUGUAGCAGCCAUGACUGGCUACUGGCUGUCAGAGCGCAGUGACCGUGUGCUGGAGGGCUUCAUCAAGGGCAGAUAAUCACUCCUACCUAGGCUGCUUUGAGGUCAGUGUCUCUCUUGCUGGACACUCAGGACCACUUGGUUGGUUUUUGCGGCUGGGGUGACAGAGCCUGCCUGCUUGCAGGGCAGCCCAGCACCAGGUGUGGGCGUGUGUUCCCCAAGGGUGAGAGAGCCCCAAAGCUGGAUGCCACCAGAUCGUGGCCUGUGGGGCUGCCUAGGCCACAGUGUGUGAAUUUUGGGAAGGUUCCUCCUUUUGGUAGCUUCUUGUGAGCCUUGGUCCCUGCCCAGGAUGAGAGGGGUCCCUGCAGGGGCAGGGCCCCCACAGCUCUCCUGCCAGCUGCAUGCUGCCAGCUUUGUCUCUGUAUUCAUCCCGUUCCUAUGGCCACUGACUUAUUUAUUCAUCUCAGGAAAUAAAGGUCUGGAAAAUGGAGAA